AUGUUUGCACUCUUCCCGCGGCACAGGAUAAGCGAAGGAGGGAGAGACGAGGAGAUUCUGAAAAUGGAUAAGUUGAAUCUGGCAAAAAGCGGUGUUGCCGACGAGGAAGAAAAGGAGGAGGAAGAUGAGGAGAAGGAGGAGGAGGAGACUUUUGAUGAGAUGGACUACAAAUAUGAGGACAAUUCUGCAAUUCAAUACGAGAAAGUGAGCAAAGUUGAAGCAAGCGGACACGAGAAAGGGGCCAACAAGUUUGAUCUAGAAAUUAAGCCGACCGCCAAUAGGCCACUGAAGCACAUCAGCUUUUCACUUCCAACCCAGGACGUAGACGAACCCCCAGGGAAGCAGGAUAUUGAAAAGAAAGUUAGAUCACAACAAAAUUUUGCCCCCGUAUCCUCGCAGCCCGAACUACAGGUCUUCAAGGCUGACGAAAGCCACUUUUACGGUAGUAGUGAUUAUGCAGCCAGCCCGGGCGACGCGAGCGAUUCUGAAAAAAAAGAAGAAAUGACAUUGGUCGAAGGGCCCCUGAAGGAAAAGGGCGAGACUGAAGAUGAUGAUGAUGAUGAUGAUGAUGGUGAGGAUUAUCUAAGUGAGGCGACUGAGUACAGUGAAGAAAUGGGUCAUGAUAUUGGAUGGAUCUACGAGAAGGAUCGAGCAUCGGUGAGCCACAAUUUCAUCUCGUUUAGACACGACUUUACUGCACUCACUACGUUUUUGCAUUGA